AUGGCCCAGAGCUACGCCACAACCACAACCACAGCCACCACCAGGCACGAAUGGGCCGACUUGCCUUUAACAAUGAAAUGUAGAAGGUUGUGGGGAGCGGGGAGGCGCAGGGCCGUAGCACCGCCCUCUGAGGGCAUUGUUUCCAGCGACGGGUUCAAGCCCCCCCCCCCCCCCCAAUUACAAGUACCUCCACUACCCACAAACCCCGACUCACACCCAGCGCCAAACCACCUUCCCCGAGUUGCGGUCGGCAUGUCCACCUUACGCAGGACCCAAGCGGCGGGAAACUACCGCCGUCAACAUCCGACUCUAUCCCGCCACAUUACAUGA